AUGGGUUCGUUGGAGGAAGAAGAAGAAGAAGAGAAGAACUUUCAUCAAAUCAGGAUGCUUGUUCUCAUCUGGGCGAUUCUGCUUUUCUCUGUGACAGGUUCUUCAGUGUGGGGGAAAACAAGUUGUUGGAAGGAUUACUGUAACACUCUAGUUGAAGGAGAAAUAUCAGCGGAGGCCGGACUCUGUGUCGUGAUACCAUGCUCCUUCACUGUUCCUCGUGGUGUCCAAAUCUCACAUAUAGUUUGGUUUAAAUGUGAAUCGACUAAAGAGAGAUGUGAUGAUGGAGACAUGAUUUUCAACAGUGACACCUCCAGCGAUCAGGUUCAGUUGGAGUUUAAAGGACGAGUGUCACUGCUGGAGUCUGAUGUGAAACAGAAAAACUGCAGCAUCAUCGUCAAUGACCUGAAGAAGUCGGACUCUGGAAGAUAUCAACACAGAGUUAUCGCUCUAGAGAGUAAAGCUUCAUUAACAUUCUCUCAAACAGCAACUGUCUCUGUUAAAGGUCUGAGUCAGAGGCCCACAGUGAUGAUUCCCACUCUGAAAGAAGGACAGCAGACCACACUGACCUGCACUGCUCCUGGUCUCUGCUCUGGAUCUGAACCUACAUUCACCUGGAGAUGGCGAGGAAGAGGAGAGAGCGACGCCUACCUCACAGGAAACAUCACGGCCAUCGAAACUGAGAACGUGGCUGCGUUCGCCAAGAGAAGCAGCUCGACUCUGUUCUUUUCCCCUUCAGCUGAACAUCACGGAACCAACAUCACCUGCACGGUCCUCUUCCAAGGAAACGUGGACACAGAGAAGACGGCGACUCUGAGUGUGACCUAUGUGAAGGAAGUCCGAAUAACCCAGAAUGCAAGUGUUAGUGAGGGCGAGACGCUGAAUCUGACGUGUGAGGUUGACAGUUUCCCUCCAUCGCUGAUCACGUGGACUAAAGUUUCUGAUCAAAGCAGCAGAAAUGGAACAGGAACAACUCUGCAGAAAAACACCUUCAGUGACUCAGCUCAUGACUCAGCUCAGCUCACAGAAGAAAGAGGAACUGCCACUCUCUCUCUCUUUAAUGUCAAAGCAGAGGAUUCUGGACAAUACGUUUGCACAGUGACACACAUGAACAGCACCUGGAAGCAAAAUGUCAACGUAACAGUAAUCUACAUGGGAGAUCCAGUGAUCACUGGAGACUUGGUAGUAAAGGAGGGAGCUGAUCUGAAUCUGACUUGCAGGGGCAACAGUUUCCCUCCAUCUCAUGUAGCGUGGACUGAAUUUGACUCCAGCACAAACCCGCCCAAAGGAACCGACCUGAAGAACGACUCUGGCUCGUCCACACUCAUCAUCCCUAAUGUGACUGCAGAACAUUCAGGACAUUACAUCUGCACAGCAAAACAUGGAGACAGGACCGCGACUAGAACUGCUGACGUAGUGGUGACUUGGGGUCCCAAGAUCUUAACCAGCUCUGAAUGUGUGGUCCAGUCGGGGGUCCUGACCUGUGUGUGCAUCAGUGACGGGUUUCCUCUACCCGCCAUCAGAUGGCCGCUGCUGGAGGACCAGACUGUGUACUCAGUCAUUACCACCGUGUCAAACUACACUGUGAACAGUACCGUCAUCGUGAAAGGCCAAAAUGACAGCUCUGUCCAGUGUGUCAGCGACAACACAAAUGGGAAAGCAAGAGAGAACAUCAACACCCGAAUAAAGUCAUCUGUGCCAUCACAUGGCGAUCUACCCACAGAAUUAGUUGAAAGAUGGGCGCAAACCAUCGGUGCCUUUUUGAUCGGUGUUCUUCUCUCAGCCGUCGUUUUCUGUUUGGCAAAAAGAUGCAACCGAAAGAAACAGAAGAGCCCUGGGAAUCGGCAUGAGACAAUUGACAUGACUAAUCAUGAGGAUCCACUGGUACAUAACGGACAAGCAGCAAAAGAUGCUCAGACCCGCGGCCGAAAGAGAGCUGAGGCUGGAUCUGUGGCAGCAGGGGCAAGAGUCCGUGAACUCGGCAGUGGGCCACAAGACGGGGAGUACGCCAGCAUCGAUUUCUCACUGCUGAAAAGCAAGCGCCCCAGGGAUGCAGCAAAUAAGCCAGAAACCACUGAGACGGAAUAUGCUGAAAUCCAAAAACAAGUAAAAGAGGAAAGAGAAGAUGGUGGUUCUGAGGAAGGUGAGGUGUUGGAGGAGGAGGAGGAGGAAGAGGAGGAGGAGGAGGAGGACGAGACGAAUCAUUUUGUCCCAGAGGAGGAGGAAGCGGAGGCCAUGGAAUUGUACUCCAACGUAAAGGAUUUAAGGGCUGAGAUGUAAGGAUUUUAAUUUUUUGAAGGUGCUUGAGGAUAAAAUGCUCUGAUCGGAUGUCAGGAAGGAUGGAUACGAGAUUCAGCCUGUGAUAAACAGACAAGACAUAGAACACCUCUUUACUUAAGGGGCAUCUGCAUCUGUUCAACUAAAGGUCUACUGGAAGUUGGGCAGAAUAUACUUAUUCAAGUGUUAUUAUGCUUUAGUGUCUUUGCUUUGUAGAAACAUGUAGCUGCUAAAUGUGCAUUAUGCAAAUGUGGGACUUUGUGACGUGUCAGGUGACAACACGGUUAAGUGGAAGUAUCAGCCGGUCUACUGACGAGACGUUUCAGGUGUUGGUUGUCAUGACUACAACUGAGCAGGAGGCCUCUCAGUAAAAGUGGCGACCCGCGCUCGGAGAGGUCACCAAUCACAAAGGAGUGGACGUUAUGGGAGGAUGGCUUAGAGCUUUGGCUUUUGUGGACGGUCCAAGUAUAUUUAUCUGUUGUUGAUAAUAAAUAUCUGUAUUUUUAAA